GAAGAGGCUAGAGCUGAAGCUGGAGCCAUGGCGGAGGCGGCGGCCGAGAAAGCUUACUACAGGUUCCUUGUGCUUUUCUUCAAUUGUCUCUUAACCUUUGGCUCGUACUUCUGCUUUGAUAUCCCCAGUGUUUUGCAAGAACAGUUUCAAGGGAAUCUAACCUGUCCCAACGGGACACACCACAAUGGCACAGGACAUAACGGAACCGCGGAGUGUGUGGAAGGCCUGGGGAUGACACCGGAAGAAUACAACCUUUUGUACGCCAUCUACGCCUGGACUAAUGCACUGGUGGUGAUCGUGGCUGGCUUCUUGAUUGAUAAACUGGGAAAUCGCUUUGGCGUCUUUGUCUUCUCUUUCCUUACUGUCCUGGGCUCAUCCAUUUUUGCUCUGGGCUCUCACUUCAAAGGAACUCCAUACCUCUUGCCACUGAUGCUGACGGGCAGGUUGCUGUUCGGCUCUGGAAAUGGGUCACUCACAAUUGUGCAGAAUCGCAUCACUGCCUUCUGGUUCAAGGGGAAGGAGCUGGCCCUGGCGUUUGGGCUAACCCUCUCCUUCUCCCGGCUUGGAAGUGUCCUCAACUUCUUCUUCACCCAACAGUUUGAAAGUCACUACGGUAUCCAGUGGACUCUCUGGGGAGGGACUGUGCUCUGCGUGCUGGGCUUUGUUUCGGCUAUCACGGUCAGCAUACUGGACAAAGUGGGCACGAAGCAGCUGGGUUUGGAUGGAGUGAUCCAACAAGAGUCCAAGAAAGUGCGUGUUCAAGACGUCCGGCGCUUGCCGCUUCGCUAUUGGCUUCUGGUUCUCACCAUCAUGUUCUUCUACAAUGGUAUCUUCCCCUUUGUGGCCGAUGCCAGCAAGUUUAUCCAAGAUAAAUAUCCUGGUUACAGCCAACAGUCAGCUGCUUAUAUUGCCGGGGCAGUCUAUGACAGCUCCCUUGUUCUCUCCGCGGCUGUCGGCAUAUUAAUUGACUACGUUGGACUGAGAGGCGUGUUUGCUGUUGGCUGUGCUGUGCUGACGUUGCCCGUCUUUGCUCUCCUGGCCUUCACGUUUGUUCCCCCGCUGGUCUCUACCAUCUGGCUGGGCAUCACCUACUCCUUUGCAGCAGCUAGCAUGUGGCCGUCUAUACCCCUCGUGGUCCCCCAGGCAACCUUGGGAACAGCCAUGGGGCUUGCAACAUCUGUACAGAUGAUUGGAGUUGGACUCUCCAAUGUGAUUGUGGGCCGGAUUCUGGGAACGAAAUCCAGUGAAUUAAAGAUCCCACUAUGGCGUUGGCAACAAAUGAUGAUCUUCAUGCUGGCCAACACCAUUGCCUGCAUUUUUGCCUCUGUCGGUCUCAACAUAGUGGACAAGAAGCAGGGUGGAACACUGAACCGCUCGACGAAACGCUCAUCAACCGAGCAAGUGGUCAGGCAGCCUGUGGACGCAGCCCCACUCCUCAAUGAGGUGGAGGACAGUGGAGCCAUCAACUAGGAAGGUCCUUCAGGAGCACUGUAGCAGAACACAAAGUGCCAGUGGGUCUCUUCUAACAUAACUGUAUUUCAUAAGGGAAUUUAAAGAACGUAAGUCCGGUGUAUGUGUGUAGUCCCUCUUCUAGGCAUCUUUAUACAUGCACGCUGGACUUACGUUAGGAACAAGAACUUUUACACUACGGAAGGCUCUAGAAAUCUGCCAGGAACCAAGGCAGCCAACUCAUAGGAAAUGCAGCUACUACUUUAAAAGUGGAAUUCUAUAUGUGUUCAGCAAUAAGUCAUGUUGGCUUCAAUUAUGCAUACUCUCCGGUGCGUAUAGGAUUGCAGCCUAAAAGUGUUUUUAGGAUUUCUUGUCAUAGGAGAAUGACUUAACAGGAGUGCAGUUUCUGCUGUGGAGGUUGAAGUAGUCCUUCUGUAGUGCAGGCGCUUAGUGUAGAACUAUUUCCCUUCCACGUUACUGAUUCCAUAGCACAGGUAGAAAUUGACUGCAUAUGCACAGUUGCAAACCAUGCAGGGAAGUCACACUCAAGAGGACCUAAUGGAAAAAUCAGAUUCUAAGGAAAUCAAUGGGAUUUCAAUGUGUGAAUUUGCACUUUUAUCAUAAAAAGUAACUAAACUGGGAUAUUCAAAACACUUCUUUCCAAGGAAUCUUUGCUAUAGGACUAGACAUUUUCCUUUCCUGCCCCUCCUGCCUCCCAUGUCUUUUCAAGUCUUUCCUCAAAACUCAGGCUUUAUAUUAAUUAUAGUGCUCACAGGCUUUGUGGACAUCCUUUUUAAAUACAGCACAAGCUGGCUUUAUCCUGAGGAAUUGUUCUUUUAAGCUGGCUCUACUGAUGUCAACAUCUUCUAAUCAGUCUAUGUGCCAAUGCUUGAUGUUAGUUUUUUAAAAAAUGGAACCUGCAACUACAAUUUCAGAGUGGUUGAGGGUUCUAGCCAUGCCCAUUUUUAUUACUUACACACACACACAUUUUUUCUAUUGUCUCCUCUCCAGUCACUCAUUUGGUACUUUUCUUGUGUGGAAGAUGCCGGUUUGGCUAUUCAGAGAAUGACUCUAGGCUUGGUUUGCAGUUAAUAUAUGCCUGCACAUGCAGUGAAGGUGUGCAGCUUCACAUUACAGUUCUGAUUGGUUUAGAAACAAAAUAUAAUCACUGUUAGGGAGAAUUCUGUCAACAUG